AUGAUCCUCACAAACACAUUUUUGGCGCAUGACUCGCCUGUCAAUGUUAUCGCUUUAAGUUGCGAUGGCACGAUAAUGUUGACCGCAGCUGACGACGGCUACCUCAUUGCUUGGGAUUUGAAAACCGGAUAUAAAUUGCAAGAAUUAAACUGUGUAUUCCACGGUCCGGUCAUCAGCGUGCGCUGGAUUGAUCUCGGAAAGGGAGACAAUCUCGCAUUUGUCUUCGGAUGUGCGGAUGGCACCCUGCAAGUUUAUCAGAGGGACGAUGAUCAGACUCCAUUCAUCUUCUGUUCUUCAACUUCCGCCCACAACGGAUUCGUGCAAUAUUUAAGUUUCGAUCCCAACCACGGCCGGAUAGCCAGCGCUGGAGGGGGUACUGUUCACGUCUGGAAGCUCAAUGCAGGCGGCAUUUUAGAAAGCAUGACCACGGACGUUAAUGAUGAAGGAUAUAUGCUUCAAUCUGUUCACUUCUGCAACAAUGGGACAAAUGUCGUGUUGUGCUAUUGUGAAUCUCAUGAGGUUCUGUGCUACAGCGUCGAUCCUUGGUCACUGAAGUGGGCGAGGCAAUUAUCCACGCGGAUCGGGCAUUCGAUAUUGUCACGGGACAGACAAACCCUGUUCGGUUCGAACCUCGUCAGCGGCGUCGAUCAAUAUAAAUUUCCAUUGUUAGAACGAGUACGGUCGUAUUCGUACCCGAUAGUCCGCAACCGAAUAAUGCAAGUCGGUACACUCGGUACCCAGCUCGUUAUAGGUGGAGACGAUGGGUUCGCUCACCUCUACGACACUACUACAGGACGUCUGUUGCAGAUGCUUGAACAUACCCGUGAUAAGCGACAUUCUUCGUGA